AUGAACAAACACAAUACCAUAACUGACAAUCCUGGGACUAAGACCUUAUUGUCUGGAGUUCUCCCCAAAACCUUGGAAGGUGGUGUCCCUGCAGGGGAAGGUGUGCCUGGUGACUGGAGCCAGUUCUGGAAUUGGAGCCGGAACUGCCAUCCUCUUUGCUGGCCUGGGGGCCCAAUUGGCCCUAAAUGGAAGAAACCAGGAGAAGCUGCAGGAGACGGCCCAACGCUGCGAGGAGAUCUCUGGCCUGAAGCCCCUCCUGGUUCCCGGAGAUCUGACAGAUGAGAAGGUCCUCCAGCAGAUUGUAGAGGAGACAGUCAACCACUUUGGACAGCUGGAUGUUCUGGUGAACAGUGGGGGGAUCCUGGCAAUGGGGACAGUGGAGAACACCACACUAGAGGAUUAUGACCGAGUGAUGAACACCAAUGUUCGGUCUCUUUUCUAUCUGUCGCAACUGGCGGUGCCUCAUCUCAUCAAGACUAAAGGAAACAUCGUCAACGUAUCCAGCGUCACAGGCCAGAGAUCGUUCCCGGGUGUCCUGGCUUACUGCGUGUCCAAGUCAGCGGUGGAUCACAUGACCAGAUGUGUCGCUCUCGAGUUGGCCAGUAAGCAGGUCCGAGUCAAUGCCGUUUGCCCGGGGGUAAUUGUAACUGAAGUUCACAAGCGGGCCGGAAUGAGUGAAGAGCAGUACCAGGAGUUCCUGAAGCACACACAGGAAACACACGCCCUGGGGCGCCCUGGCAGAGUGGAGGAAGUGGCCCGGACAAUCGCUUUCCUGGCAUCAGAUGCAGCAUCCUUUAUAACUGGAGUGACAAUGCCUGUGGAUGGGGGCCGCCAUGCUAUGUGCCCAAGAUAG